AUGAGUAUCUAUCUAUCUAUCUAUCUAUCUAUCUAUCUAUCUAUCUAUCUAUUUCAAGCUUUCAAGCUUUCAAGCGACAUUAUCAUCGUUUGUUUUGCAACAACUUGGCUCCUUUUUUCAAAUGCCUUUUCUUUGGUGUACCUUACUGUAAUCUAUCUAUCUAUCUAUCUAUCUAUCUAUCUAUCUAUCUAUCUAUCUAUACAUACACACACACACACACAUAUACAUAUAAUGAUUUGCUUUCGUUCAUUUUUUCCUAUAUAUUUCAACUACUUUCUUUCUGAAGUUGAAAGCAAGAGAAUUUUUAUAACCUCUUUUCUUGAACUUUCAACUUCUAUUAUUCAAUUUCAUCUUGCUUCAUAUCUUAACGUCUUUCCAUUUAUCUUCUUUCAACGUCUCUUUUCUUUAUCUGUCAACACUUUCUUUUAUUUCAAAUUUAGUUUAUUCGGUAUUAUAACUUUUUCUUCUACCGUCCAGUUUUUAUUUCCUCCAUCUUUCAAAGUGUCUUUUCUCUAUCUCUUAAUAUGUCGAUCUUUCAACUUUGGUCACCUCAAUCUUUCUAAUAUUUCUCAACGAUUCUUUUCUCUCCCACUUUGCAAUUUGUCACGUACUCUUUCUUUUUUGUUUCUGUCUGUCUGUCUGUCUUUCUUUCUUUCUUUUUUUUCUUUCUUUCUUUCUUUCUUUCUUUCUUUCUUUCUUUCUUCAAUGCAUCAAUUUUAUGAUUCCUUUAUCGCUUCUAAUUCUCUGUUUUCAUCUUUUCCUUUCAUUUCUUCUCUUUCCCUUUCUUUGUGUAAAACCAUUUUAAUUAUGCACAUGCAUUUCUUCUCUCCUACUUUUUGA